GGGAGUUCCAGAGCUGUUACGCAAAUACACCAGGCAGAAGAACUGUCCAAAUCUUAAACCCAUCAAGGAUCAGCUAAGAGUCACAGCUAUAUUGAUGUUCUCUGGUGGGCCAGCAUUAAAAACAGACUUCUCUGGAUUCAAAUUCAUGACAAGGAGAGUUGCUGCUUUCAACCAGACACUGAUGAGAUGAAACUGUGAAUUUCUAGAAAUUUGUAAAAAGAAAUUGAAAAGAAUUCUGGAAUGGACAAGCUUUUAAAUGCUCUAUGCCAAAUAGAGAGAUGAAUCAUUUACAUCAUCAAGCUGAUACCCUAUCUCACUGUGCCAGUAUGGAGUGCGAAAAUCAAACAAGAGUUUACCAUUUUGUCAUUGUUGGAUUCCCUUACCCUCAUGAUCUCCGAUUUCUUUUGUUUGUCUUCUUUCUACUUAUCUACCUAAUGACCUUCUUAGGAAACCUUCUUAUCCUCUUGGCAGUGGCAUUUGAACCCCAGCUGCACAAGCCCAUGUAUUGGUUCCUUUGCCAUUUAUCUCUCUUGGACAUGACUGUAUCCUCUGUGGUGGUACCCAAGAUGGUGGCUGGAUUCCUAGAAAGGGGUGGCAUCAUCUCUUUUGGUGGUUGUGUGACCCAGCUGUUCUUCUUUCACUUCCUGGGGUGCACUGAGUGCUUUCUUUACACUGUGAUGGCUUAUGACCGCUUCCUGGCCAUCUGCAAGCCAUUCCGCUAUGGCAACAUCAUGAACCCCAAAGCUUGCCUCUCUCUCUCCUUGGGAACCUUGUUUGGUGGCUCUGUGCAUUCCAUGAUACAAACCACCCUCACCUUCCACUUGCCCUAUAGCCAUGGCAAUCAAGUAGCUUACAUCUUCUGUGACAUCCCAGCUGUCUUGAAAUUAGCCUGCACUGACACCUCGCUCAAUGAGAUGGCCACCUUUGUAGACAUUGGUUUCUUGGCCAUGACUUGCUUCCUCCUUAUCAUCAUCUCGUACAUCUACAUCAUCUCAGCUAUUCUCAGGAUUCGUCAUGCUGAAGGACGACGUCGGGCAUUCUCCACUUGUGCUGCCCAUCUCACAGUUGUGAUGACUUACUAUGUUCCCCUGGUAUUCAUCUAUCUCCGUCCAGGAUCCCGAGACCCAUUGGAUGGAGUGGUAGCAAUCUUCUACACCACAAUUACCCCACUCCUAAAUCCCAUCAUAUAUACCCUUAGGAACAAAGAGAUGAAAAAUGCAUUAAGAAAACUCUGCCUCUGGCAUUUGUUGAGACCCAGUUGAGUGCCUCAGCCCUUUUCAUCUAAUGAAAUCAUUCAUUUAUUUUAUUGGAUCAGCAUGGGGCAAGACUACAGCAACACAAGGUCAAGGGUAAUUCAUACUGUAUGUUACUUGAGGAUAAAGAAAUGUUUUGAAGAACUAAAUAAUUCCUUAUAAUUGGGGAGGGGGGGAAAAGGAAUUAGGGAACUGUGGCAUUAAGAAAGGAACAAAAAAGGAUAGAAGUCAGGUUCUGUUAGACCUAGAGAAUCAGGACCAUACAUUAACUUGCAUUUCCAAGGUUUAUUGCUGAAGCCUAUACAUAAAAAUCUGGUCAACUUACCUUCAGUACUGAAUUGGUGUCAGAGAAGGGUCAAGGAAUUAAGAGGGCUUGGACUAGAAUCAUUUGUGUCAAUGUAACAAUUCUAAGCUGAUGACAAGCUUCACUCUGCUUUCCAGCUCUGCCUGCUCUUCUCCUACACAUGGUUUUGGAAGUUUUUCUUUCUUGCCCACCUGCCAAGGAUUUUUUAAUUGUCUGAAGUAUUUUAUGGCAAUUGACUAUGCUAAAUGGCAGAUUAUGACUCGGGAUCUCCAAUGUACAAAUGUAUUCUUAUUCUCUGGAUGGAGCAGUAUCUAGGAUCUCAAACUAUUCUCCAGAUGAUUUUAUCUGGCAUCUGCUCUCACAUGUAUCCCACUGAUGUCCUGAAGGCUGCUUUAAGCUGCUCAAGCUAUUUCCCCUCUAGCUGAAACUUCUGAAAAUUGACCUUUUGACCAUCUUGAAAAACCAGGUUUUCCCCUUCCUUCCACGCUUCUGCCAUGCAUGAAAUUCUAGCAAUCCUUUUUCUGGGUUUGUGGUCUUUUCCUUUCUCACUGAAUAAUUUGCCUGCCACCAUUUCUGCUUCAUUAGGACAAGAAACAAUCAAUGGAAACUAAUCAAUGAGAGAAGCAACCUGGACUUAAGGAGAAACUUCCUAACAGUGAGGAUAAUUAACCAGUGGAACAACUUGUGAGUGCUUCGUCACUGGAGCUUUUUUUAAGAAGAGACUUGACAAUCACUUGUCUGAAAUGGUAUAGGAUCCCCUGCUUGAGUAGGGGGCUGGACUAGAAGACCUCCAAAUCCAGCCUUCCAUCUCCACUCUAUUCUGAUUAUCAAAGUCAUGCAAUAUACAAUAGCCUGCUUGGAGAACAGCUCUUGAAUGUAGUUUGAUUUCAUAAAGCUCACAUUGAGUUUGUUUCAGUGAACAAGACAUGUCUAUUUCAGGUAUUGGUAUCAUGGAAAGAAGACAAUUUUUGCAGGUUCCUUGGUACAUUUUUUUUUUAAAAAGUCAAAAUUCCCCCUUUCCCCAAGAGUCACUUCUUAAGAGGAAUAUUUGUAAACCAUCAGGAAAUAUUCACAAAUGGAAAAAGGGGUGAAUGGUGCAGAUAUACAUGAGAAGGAAAACAUUUGCUUCUCUUGUUAUGAAGUAAGAUGGAAAGGCUUUGUCUAGAAGCUCAGGAGAUGAACAAUUCAUACAUUUGAAGCACAAAAACUAUGUAGUGAUUGGCAGCAUUCUCAUUGCUCAGCUAUUGGCCGAGGAGGACCAGCUCUAGACUUGGAAACAUCACCAUCUGCAAGAAUAGCCAAGCGGCAAAUAUUGCAAUGCAAACCCUGACUGUUUUGUACAGGCAUGCAAUAUUGUGCCUCACAUGUGAAAGUAAGGAGCUUGUGUUGUGAUAUAAUGACACUAUGGUCAGGAUUGGUCACUUACGGUUGCAAGUGUCUUGCAAACAAAAAAAUAAAGGUAACUAAAGGGCUAGAGGCUAAAAUGUAUGAUGCACAGUUGUGGGAACUGGGAAUGUCUAGUUUAACGAAGAAAAGGACUAGGGGUGACAUAAUAGUAGUCUUCCAAUAUUUGAGGGGCGGUUACAAAGAACAGGUGGAUGACCUAUUCUUCAGAGUACUUGAGUCAGUGAGCAAACAUCCAAUCACUACUUCCAGAAAACUCUAUAACUGUUGAUUUCAUUCCAAAUGAAUGAAUGAAUGAAUGUAUGUGUGAAUAAAUACAGUAUAUGGACAAACAA